AUGGCCCCACUUGUGUUCUUCCUUAUCCCCAGUGCAACAGUGGGUGCUCAGACCCCCCUGGCUAGCUACACUUUGCAGGUCAGGUCCCAGCAUGGGAUAUGCAGCAGUGCUGCACAUCUAGCAUGCAAUGCAAAACUGGCUGCAAGCCAAGGGCCCGAUCUGGUGUGCCUGCUGGUGCAUGACGAUUUGGUGUGCUUUGUGAGCUUUUGUCAAGCUCUGAUCUUUGCAGAGGUGGAGGGGAAAUUGGCCUUUGUCACUGAGGAAGUAUCUCAGAGCUGCUUGAAAGAGGCACCAUUGCACAGAGGGCUUUACAUUGAUCUGGUGUGCCUGGUGCAUGACGAUUUGGUGUGCUGCAGCUGCACGCUCUGGGCGGUGCAAGCGCCUGGCCUCUCCUCCCGCUUCCCCUGCUCGCACCGCCUCCGCUGCCUCAUUUCCUGCAGCGCAGGCGGAGGAGGAAGGUUUGCUGCGAGCUUGUCCCUGCUCCCCUCCUGCCCGGCCCUGCCCAGCUGCGCCCUGCCCGUCGAGAUGCCGGCCUACCAUUCAACUCUAAUGGACUCUGACACCAAGUUAAUUGGGAACAUGGCAUUGUUACCCAUCAGAAGCCAGUUCAAAGGCCCAGCACCUCGGGAAACUAAGGACACAGACAUUAUAGAUGAAGCCAUCUACUACUUCAAAGCUAAUGUUUUCUUCAAAAAUUACGAAAUUAAGAAUGAGGCUGACAGGACAUUGAUCUACGUAACUCUCUACAUUUCUGAGUGCUUGAAAAAGCUGCAAAAGUGUAACUCCAAAGGGCAAGGAGAGAAAGAGAUGUACACGCUAGGAAUCACUAACUUCCCGAUCCCUGGGGAGCCGGGCUUUCCACUUAAUGCCAUCUAUGCCAAACCUGCCAACAAGCAGGAAGAAGAGGUGAUGAGGGCCUAUUUGCAGCAGCUGAGACAAGAAACUGGUCUUCGUCUUUGUGAAAAAGUAUUUGAUCCUCAAAGUGACAAGCCAAGUAAGUGGUGGAUCUGCUUUGUGAAGAGACAGUUCAUGAACAAGAGUCUGUCAGGACCUGGGCAGUGAAGGACCAAAGCAGCAACAGCAUUAGGCAUUUCCACAAGGUGUAUAAAGUAUUUUUGCCUUUAUUUCAAAUACAUUUUGUACCAUGCAACAAUUAAGUGCUUAUGAAGAAAAAAUAAAUCAGUCAAUGAGGAAAAGAGGGAGAUGGAAAAAAAAAAUCACUUGAGUACUGUAAACAAGUAUUAUUAAGCUGGUGCUUAAUAAAUGAUUCUAAUAUGCUGUUU